AUGGCAGCCUCGAGGGAGAAGAAAAGUCUCAAGAAGCUCCAUAAAGUUCUUGCAAAAGGAGUAUGUUUUGGCCGAGAGCUGAUAUUACCUGAGAGAAUAAAUGGAACAGUUGGAGGAGAUGUGCUGUUUACACCACUCAAAAUUCCUGAUCCCCCACCUACUAUCAGCAGUUGGAGGUUUAAUGGGGCCCUGAUUAUUUCUGCACAGCCUAGUGGAACUACAGUACCAGAUACAUACCAAGGCAGAGUCAUUUUGAACACCUUCACUUUAGCCCUGGAGCUCAGAAUCCUGACUGAGAGAGAUACUGGACAAUACACUCUGACUGUACAGACUGAUAAAGGGAAUAUCACUGCUCAAACAUCACUGCAGGUGUUGGUGCCAGUAUCCAACAUUGCCAUAAUACCAAGUAACACAGAGCUUGUCGAGUUCAACAGCACUGUAAGUCUCGUCUGCUCUGCGUCUGGCUCCUCUCCUUCGUUUAUUUGGCUGAAUGGCAGCUCUGAGGUAACAGCAGGGGAGCGAGUUCAGCUAACAAACAGCAAUCUGACCAUUACCAGUGUGAUCAGGGAUGGUCCAGAAAAUGUCAGAGUUAUAACAGCUCCAGUGGGACCUUCCUACAGCUCUGGGUCAAACCUUAAAUUGACCUGUUCAGCUGAUUCCAGUCCUGCUGCUGAGUUUCAGUGGGCUGUGAAUGGAGCAGAGCUUGGUGAAAUUGGCCAAGAGCUCAAACUGAGCAACAUUCAGAGCAGUCAUAGUGGUAAUUACACCUGCAUGGCCUAUAACAAACAGAGCCUUAGAUACUCCACAUCUGAACCCAUCAGCAUCACUGUACUAGGGCCUGUAGGUGGAAAUGGAGAUUCCCUGUCUGCAGGAGCUAUAGCUGGGAUUGUGAUUGGAGCUUUAUUAGGUCUCGCUGGAACUGCUGGUUUAAUUUUCUACUUUAUGAAAGCAAAAGAAAUGCCAAAAACAAAGUCUAGAGGGAAUAAGCAGAAUGGAGCAACACAUAAUUCACAGCAACAAGAUCCACACUACGUAAAUAUGACUGGGGUGACUAUGAGUAGAACUAAUACUCAGAUGGGUCACACCCCUCAACCUGAUGAUGAACCAAUAUAUGAAAACUGACUUGCACACCUCUUUAAGGAUAAUUAGGCAUUAAAGUUUUCCAGAGGAAACCUGUUCUUGGAUGUGGAAGUGGAAGUGAAUUGUUGGUUUAACUUUGAAUAAAGUACACAGGUUAAGCUAAAAUAAAAUAAUAUAAAAUAUAGUAAAAAUAACAACGUGUACAAUGCAAUUCCAUUAAUUUUGCUUUUCCUAAAUACUGUAUUUCUGUAUUAAUAAUGAAAGUGUAAACAGGAUGUGUUAAAGCAUUUGCAUCUUAUGGAACAGAAUUAAAUGUCUUCCCUUGUACUUCCCUGUACCCAUAUGAUACAGAUUUAAAACAUUUUUGUAAUGAAAUGUUGCGGUGUUAAUAAAUUAUAAAUGUAUUUUUUAUAAUUUAACUCUAUUUGGAAACUAUUGUAUGGAAGUAUAACAGUUCCAAAAUUCCUCAAAGCAAA